AUGGCACGCCUUCUGAUCAACCGCGGGAAGUUUGAAGAUGAGGACGAUCUAGAAGCCGCACUCAAGUAUGCUGAGGAUGCAGCUGAACACCAUCAGAAGGAUGACUUCGAAUCAAGACAAGAUGAUCUUGAAAAGGCCAUACUUCAAGCCCUCGCAUCGAAAAAGGCGAUGAGAAUCGGCCAUCCCAUGGAGAGAAAAGUACGUGGAGUACUUUCUCAGUUCUAUGUAGAACGGUACGGCUACACCCGCGACGGAGAGGACUGGUUCAAGGCAUCACUCUACGUCGCGGAAUUCAAUAGUAUGCCACCUCCCACCUCGGGCACUGUUGAUGACCAACGGCUCAGCUGGAUGGACUACCUGCGUCGAUUCCGUCUCUCAGGGCAGAUCUCUGACCUCGACGAAGCAAUUUCGCAGACUAGGAAUUACAUAAGCUGCCUAGCCGAGAAUUCGUCUGAAAAGGCGUCUGCUGCAUUGGUAUUGGCAGAAUUGUUCAAUAUCAGAUUUAUUCAACUUGGAGAAGUGAAAGAUGCGAGAGACGGGAUAUUCCUUGCGAAGGAAGCACUGGCACUGGCGUUCAAGAGCCACACGGAACCCAUCGGUGCGCUACAUUGCCUAUCCUGGUCUCUCGUCAAUCACAACAACGAGCUUGAUGUCAUUGAAGACGUGGAGGAUACGAUCAAGACAGUCGAGCGCAUACAGCCGUUCUUUAUUGGCGGAGAAAACUACGCAUCCCUUCUCACUACGUGGGGGAUGAUGCUCAAGCAGCGAUUUCAACACGACCACCAGAAUGUUCGAGCCAUCGAAGAAGGCAUGGCAAAACUCAGAGAAGCUUUGAAACUGCCUCAAAGUGAGGAGGAUAGAAUUGGGACGCUUGAUGUCCUCACCGGCUGUCUCCAUGACCAUUUCAACCGUACCGGAGAUGAAGACAGCAUGAACGAAGCUGUUACGACUGGGAGACAACUGGUCAGUCUUACAAGCCAAGAGAGUCGACAGCGAAAUCAGAUAUUGGUCCAGUUAGCGCGCCAACUAGCCAAUCGCUUCUUCAGAACCGGCAAUUUGGCUGAACUCGAUGAAGCCAUCUCAAUCUACGAGGGUGUUGAUAAGGCAUUGCCGGAGCAUCACUUUCUACGCUUGCGGAAUUCUGAUGCUCUGUCGAUUCUAUACAACAAACGGUUCGAGCGGAGAGGGUUAGAAUCAGACAAUGAGAAGGCCAUUGCUGCACUUCAGCAAUGCAUCGACCUGACGACACCGGGAUCCCAGGAACGAGCAGUCAAACUUCUCAACUUGGGAUCCGGCUUAUGGCGUCGCUUCAGCCGGAAAAGAUCGCCAGUCGAUCUCAAAGAUGCAAUGUCACGAUAUGAAGAAGCGCUCAAGACACAAUUCACAGAACCGAAUCAAGACGUAAAGUCUAGCUGUCUGUCCGGCCUCGCCCAACUUCGAUACGAGCAGUAUAAGCUGACGGGCGACACGACUCUAAUUGCCAAUUCUGUGGAAGAGUGCAAGAGGGCUGUAGCAGCUCUGACGCAGGGUCACCCAAAAUUGGCUACUGCGCAUUACGUGCUGGGGGGCUGUCUCGAACAGCGAGCAGAAGCAACGGGAAUGCUUGAGGAUAUCGAUGCGGCUCUUGACAGCUUCAAGACUGCAUGCGAUCUUUCUGCUGGCGAGCCACACCAACGAAUCAUUUCCGCACGUCGUGCGAUGAGAAUUUUGGGCGGGAAGCAGAGAUGGGCAGAGGCUGAACCCAUUGCAGAUCUCGCCGUCAGUCUCAUACCACGUGCCUGUACGCGGAAGCUCACUCAAGAUGACCAACUUCACGCACUUCACGACAUUUCCGAGGCGUCUGCAGAAGCCUGUUCCAUUUCCCUGCGUGUAGGAAACGUUGGAAAGGCCCUCCAGCAUAUCGAGUUAGGACGCGGAUUGGUUCUGGGUUACCUGAUCGAUGGGCAAAACGAUCUUUCCGACCUCAGACAGCGAGACUCGUCUCUGGCUCACGAGUACGAAGGUUUGAGAGCCAGAGUUGCCGGUGCGAGCACUGGAUUGGAUGAGAUUUAUCAGGAGUUGGACAACUGUGAAGGUAAAAUUCGUCAAAUUGAAGGAUUCGAAAGGUUUUUGCUGUCGCCAUCUUUGGACGAACUGCAAGCUGAAGCUUGCGGCGGCCCAAUAGUUGUCGUCAACCUGUCCAGCUUUGGAGCAGACGCCAUCAUUGUCACCAAAGACAAUCUGCAGACUCUCGGACUUCCUGGAAUGACUGUCAAUUCCAUGAGCCGGGUCACAGUGGCAAAGAUGACACGGGAAGGGCGUGAGCGCGACAUGGAACCGGAACAAGCUCCACGCCUGGGCGUCGAAAUGUUGGAAUGGCUGUGGUCCUCCUGCGUGCACCCUAUUCUCAACAAGAUCACUGAGGACGUCCAUACAAAGCCAAAUGGCAGCAGCCUGCGCCGUAUUUGGUGGAUUGGCACUGGUUUCGCGAGCACACUUCCGUUCCAUGCAGCCACAAGCUCCGACGGGAGUACUCUGGAUCUGUCCAUUCCGUCGUACACUUCGACCAUCAAGGCGCUGCAGAAUGCUCGAAAGCGAUCAUCGAAGGGACACAAGACAGACGACGCCGACCCAUAUCAUCUUUUGAUGGUCACUAUGCCCAGCACACCGAGCCAGACGGAUCUCCCAGGUGUUACACGCGAGAAGCAGGCAAUCAAGGCAGCUGUCAAAGACAAUUACACGAUCACGGAGCUUGAACACCCCAAUGCUCAGCAAGUUUUGGACGGCAUGCAAGAUGCGCAGAUUGUGCACUUCGCAUGCCACGGAGCCUCCGACCCGAAGAACCCAUUGCAAAGUCAUUUGCUUCUGCAAAAGUCCGAUCAAACUUUGGACAAGCUCACGGUCAAGUCACUCCUGGCUGCAAAGGUCAAGACAAGGGCUUGGAUUGCCUACCUAUCCGCAUGUUCAACAGCUGAAGUGAAGGCGUUUAGUCUGAAGGACGAGGGUCUACAUGCCACGAGCGCCUUUCAAGUUGCUGGGUUUGGUCAUGUAAUUGGUUCAUUGUGGCCAGUCAGUGAUGCGGUUUCUAUUGAAGUUGCGAGGCUGUUCUAUGAGUUCUUGAGUAGACCCAAGGCUAAGCCUGUAUCGCCUGAUAGGCUUGUUGCCGAGGCGCUGAGGAGCGCCUUACUUGAGAUUCGUACUCGGUAUCCCGAUAAUGCCGAUAUUUGGGGCCCAUACAUACACUAUGGUGCAUAG